AAGAGCGGCACUUCCGGUCAGUGAAGGUGACAGUAAUGGCGGCGGUAUCAGCGGUUCGCGGGAUCGGCUCGAAUCUGUCGAGGAAUCUGCGGGAGAUCCGCCUGCAUUUGUGCCAGAAAUCAGCGGCCAGCCAGGGGACCAGGGAUUUUAUCGAGCAGCAUUAUGUGACGUUAAAGAAGGCAAACCCUGAGUUUCCCAUCCUGAUCCGAGAGUGCUCUGGAGUCCAGCCCAGGCUGUGGGCUCGAUAUGGUUUUGGUAAAGAACACAGCGUUUCACUGGACAACAUGAGCGUCGACCAAGUGGCCAAAGCACUUGAAACCGUAGUAAAUGCAAAGCCCUAAGCAAGCCUCACAAUGUAAAAUGUUGUAAAUGUUAUGCGUGUCACAAAUCGAAAUUAAAUGUAUGUUCUAAAAUC